AUGUCCGAAGGCGAGAAGGUCCGCGCGUCCGGCGAGACCCCGCGUGAGACUCUGCCCACCGUCAACCCGUCGGCGGAGAAGCAGGAGGCUCCCAAGGCGGCUUUCCACCCCGCCGUCUACGUGAGUGUCUGGAUCACUCUGAGCUCCACCGUUAUCCUCUUCAACAAGCACCUUCUCGACUACGCCAACUUCCGUUUCCCCAUUAUCCUCACAACAUGGCACUUGACCUUCGCGACCAUCAUGACCCAGCUCCUGGCCCGCACCACCACUGUCCUCGAUGGCCGCAAGUCCGUGAAGAUGACCGGCCGCGUCUAUCUGCGCGCUAUCGUCCCCAUCGGUCUCAUGUUCAGUCUGAGCUUGAUCUGUGGUAACAUGACCUAUCUGUACCUGAGUGUGGCCUUUAUUCAGAUGUUGAAGGCUACCACCCCCGUCGCUGUCCUGCUCGCUACCUGGGGUAUGGGCAUGGCUCCCGUCAACUACAAGACCCUCGCGAACGUCUCAAUUAUUGUCGUUGGUGUUAUUAUUGCCUCCUUCGGCGAGAUCAAGUUCGUCAUGGUCGGUUUCCUGUUCCAGCUCGGCGGUAUCGUCUUCGAGGCCACCCGUCUGGUCAUGGUGCAGCGCCUGCUCAGCUCCGCCGAGUACAAGAUGGACCCUAUGGUCUCUCUGUACUACUUCGCCCCCGUCUGCGCCGUUAUGAACGGUUCCGUUGCUCUGUUCCUCGAGGUUCCCCGCGUCACCAUGGACCACAUCUACGGUGUCGGCAUCUGGGUUCUCCUUGCCAACGCCAUGGUUGCCUUCCUGCUGAACGUCUCCGUCGUUUUCCUGAUCGGCAAGACCUCUUCUCUGGUCAUGACCCUGUGCGGAGUCCUGAAGGAUAUCCUUCUGGUAGCCGCCUCCAUGAUGAUCUGGAACACCCCCGUCUCCGGCCUCCAGUUCUUCGGCUACUCGCUUGCCCUGGUCGGACUUGUGUACUACAAGCUCGGUAGUGACAAGAUGCGCGAGUACACCAGCCAGGCUGGCCGCGCGUGGGCCGAGUACGGCAACACCAAACCCGCGCAACGCAAGUUCGUCAUCUUCGGCGCUGCGGCUCUGGUUUUCUUCCUCUUCGUCGGUGCCAUGGCUCCCAGCUAUGCCCCGGAGCGGGUUAACCAGGUCAAGGGCAUGCUGGGUGGUGCCGCCUCUGGCAACGCUUAA